UUCCGGGUCAAAACGAAAGUGGGCGUGUUUUACGGUAGUUACGCGCGGGGGGGGGGGGCAAGAAGUCUCCGAUUUACUGACGACGUUUGCUCGCUUAAAUUCUAACCCUGAAGUAGUCUGGGAGUCACUUUCGUUAUUAUCUGACUAAAUAGUGCACGUCAGUACAAAAACCUGGACGAAAGAAAUCUCAUCUGGUUUAUAUUCCCCGACGUUUGAGCACCUGCUAACUGUUUAGCCUAGUGGGUUUUGAGGGAAGUUAAUUGGGUGAAACGAUCGGCGCCUUUUUCUGCAUCAAGUCGCGUAAUUGCCAGGAAAAAAAAAAAACAGACGAGGAUCGUGGGAGAUCUGGAGCCUGUCCCAGCUAUCUACGAGCAGGCAGCGGGCUACACCCUGAACUGAUCUUGCUCAGACCCACCGAUUUGAAAGUGACACAUGAUUGAGAGUUUGAGCAAAUAAAACUGCCACAAUGCCCUCCGUCCUUGGACUUCCGACACGAAACUCGAAUGUUACAAUCCUAAUUACCAGGAUUUCCUCAAAUCCUAAUUGUCGUCUCAUAGAAUUCCAAGCCAAUUUUGCCCAGGCAAGGGCAGUGGAUUAUCAGUCCCUGGAAAAAAACAUUCAGUCUUCUGCAAAUGUAUUUCCGGAGUUUGAAGGAAAUCCUGGCGACUUGUGUUUGGUUCAGGUCGUUGGCACAUGGUAUAGGGCCCGGAUAGUCACAAGAAAUGGCUCCAACUACAAAGUCUUCCUCAUUGACAAAGGGAUCCUACAUUGCACCACCACAAAGUUAAUGGCUUUUGGUAAGAGGGAGCACUUCCGCCUGUCACCUGCAGUGGAGUCAUGUGUGCUUGCCAAUGUAUUGCCAUUGUCUCAUGAAAAUAGAUGGUCUCCACCUGCACUUGAAUUACUGCAGUCUUUUAGAGGACAGAUUGUAAAGGCGUCUGUGAAAGAUGUACUAGUACAUGAAAGAAAGGUUCUUCUGGAGAUCCCUUGCAUAUCCAGACAAAUGUAUGAAAUGAGAUUAGCAAAGGAAAUGGAACCAAGUGUGUUUCUGGACUUUUUUCUCAAGUCAACAGAGCCUAAAACUGAAGAUGAAAAAUUUUAUCAGACCUCCAUGGAUGAAGUUAAACAAUUACACAAGGAGUUCUAUAUGUAUCCAGAGGUGACACCAGGAACUGUGGAGACUAUUGUAGUGACAGAAGUUGCCAAUCCACAGAGAGUUUUCUGUCAGUUGAAUGUUUUUUCUCAAGCGUUAAAUAAACUCUCAGACCAAAUCACACAGUGCUAUAGGAGCACACUGGACAAUUGGAUUGUGGAUCCUGAAAUGGUAGGAUAUCCUUGUGCUGCAAGGGGAAAUGAUGGAAAUUGGUACCGCUCUGUUGUACAACAAGUAUUUCCAGUAGACCAGCUGGUGGAAGUGCUCAAUGUUGACUACGGCAAAAAACAAUUAGUUCAAAUGGCAAAUGUAAGACCGCUGGCUCCAGAGUUCUUCAAAAUGCCUAUUGUGACCUAUAUAUGUUCACUCCAUGGAAUUAUUGACAGAGUUGGAUGGACAAGUACUCAGAUUACAUAUCUCAAGUCCCUACUCUUGUACAAGAAACUAAUCGCCAAAUUUCAGUACCAAAGUAUUUCAGAGGGUGUUUACUAUGUUACACUCUAUGGUGAUAAAAAUAAAAACCUCAACACUAUGUUUUGCUCUCAGCAGAACGCUCUGCACGAGAAUGAAAAAACACUUGAUUAUGAUGUUGGAAACAUGGAAUACAGCAGCCAGCAUUCCUCACCAGGACAAAAGGCUACCAGGAAGAUGUUGUGUUCAUCUGGCCUUGCUGAAAGGACUGAGAUUGAAAGAACAUCCAAAAUCUCAACCCAACUUUCAGAAACUGGAUUGUUGGGUAUUUGGAGAGAAACAGAGGUUUCUUUUCCAACCCAGAAUAACAUUCUUCCCUCCAACAAAGAGUUACAAUUUGGAAAGUUCAAGGAACAUACGUUUCCUAUUGGUACUGUCCUUGAUGUCACGGUGUCUUGCACUGAGAGCCCAAAUGAGUUUUGGUGCCAAUAUGCAAAAAAUUCUUGGCAGCUGAAAUUGCUAAUGUAUGACAUACAAGCACACUAUGUGGGCAGUAUUUAUGAGCCCCUCACAGAAGACGUUUGUGUUGUUCGCAGCCCUGACAAUGGAUUUUGGUACCGGGCUCGUGUAAUUCACAAACCCGAAAUGACUCAUGUGACUGUUCUUUUUGUGGACUACGGCCAUACAAAGACAGUCCCUCUCCAUGCCGUGAGGAUGAUCGAUCCUGAAUUUCUUAAUCUGCACAGUCAAGCAUUUCGAUGCAGUCUAUUCCACCCUCCAAAAUUCAUGUCGGGUGUAAAUGAUUGGAGUGAUGAGGAAAAAGAAAAGUUCAACAGAUUUGUGGAAACUGCUGCCUCGAACUCUGUCACAUUAAAGUGCACCAUAUAUACAGUAACAUACAAUAAACAGAAAAUGGUAUUGAACAUUGUGGACUUGGAAACCCCCUUUGAGAGCAUCUCUGAAAGUAUUGCCACUCCAGCCCAAAUUGCACCUGACAAUACAGUCCCGAGACCAUCUUUCUGCCUGGACACAUAUUAUUACUCAACACACAAUAUCAAAAUUGGAAUUGAAGAACAAGUUAAAGUUACAUGUGUAAACCGUGUCAGUGAGUUCUACUGCCAACUUGAGAGGAAUGCUGAUGUUCUGAAGGACCUUAAUGUGAAGUCCAAUAAUCUUUGCCAUAAGCUUGGCAUGAUGAAGCCCCCCAAAGUAUUUGGAAAAUUGUGCUUUGCAAAGUACAUUGAUGGGCUGUGGUACAGGGCACAAAUCAAGGCCACUGAGCCAUCAAUCCAGGUUCACUUUGUUGAUUAUGGCGAUAUAGCUGAAGUGGACAAAUCAGACUUGCUUCCAAUGCCCAAAGAAGCCAAUGACAUAAUGUCUAUACCUGUACAGGCAGUAGUUUGCUGUCUCUCUGAUGUCCCAAAAGAUGUUCCUAGUAAAGUGAACAACUGGUUUAAAAAAUCUGUGGCAGAUUAUAAAUUCCAAGCAGUAGUUGUAGCCAAAGAACCCAGUGGGAAUCUAAAGGUUAAACUUUAUCACAAAAACACUCAAAUCAAUUCAAUGAUGAGAAAAAUCUUUCAGCUAGAGGGAAAGACUGAGAAUCAAAUACUCUCCCGGCAUCAGAAAGCUCUUGAGACUCCUUACAAAAAUAAGAUAAAACAGGCAAUAUCUGUUUCUACUCAAAUCAUCCCCCCCAAAACAAAACCAGCACGUGAAUUAAGACAAGCUACACAAUCAAGACAAAAUUUGAAGGAUCAGAGGGUUAAAACCUCACAAGAACUGUACCAACCACCGCACAAAAGGCAACCUCAGCAUAAGCACAAUUGUAAUAGUGAAACAAAAGAAAAUCUCACAGUCAUAAACAACUCAAAGUUAGAUUCUAAGUCACCUGUGGAAGAGUCUGACAAUGUGCUUCGCCAAGCAAAAUAUCAAAAGUGUCCUAAACGUGAAGACUUGCCCAAAAAUAUAAUCACAUUGGGUAUGGAAGCAGCUGUUUAUGUUUCACAUUACAACAGCCCAUCAAGCGUCUAUAUACAAUUUGUCAGAAAAGGGGAUGAAAUAUUCUCCUUAGUUAACAAGCUUAAUUACCCAUUAUCCCCCCCCAAAGUUGGCAUUAGUGAAGUAGAUGCAGGUGACCUCAUUGAAGCUGAGUUUGCUGAUGAUUCCUUAUGGUACCGAGCACAGAGUACUGAUUUUGGCAACAUAGUCCAGUUACCAGUUUCCAAAGUAGCCAAACUCAGUCAAACCUUUGUGGAGUUGCCAAGGUACAGCACGCACUGUAUGUUAAGUGAAGCUGAAUCUUUUGAGGUGCUUGAUGCAGAAUUGGUGUCAACUUUAAAAAGAGAGAAUGGCUCAAAUGCAGAGAAAAUGCUAAAAUGUCAAUUUGUGCAGAAGUCUGAGGUAGUGUGGCAAGUCACUCUUGAGGAUAAUGGUGACUCCGUCACAUGUAAAACACCAGAAAAAUCUCCUGAAACUCCAUCUGACAAUGAACAUAAAGUGGAAACAAGUGUGCAAAACAUAGAAACAUCACUGGAUUUUUGUUCUCCCGAUUACAACCAUAUGCAAUGUAUAGAGGGACAAUAUCUAGAUGUUUAUGUCUCAGCUAGAAAUGACGUUGAUAAAUUCUGGUGUCAGGCUGCUGACUCAAAUCGACUGGAUAAGAUAUCCAAAAAUCUCUUGGAAAUCAGAAAAGAAGCAUAUAAUACACACAUAAGCAAGAGGAGUGUUACUUUAGCUGGUAGUCCAUGCAUCGGCUUUUGUACAGAGGAUCAGCUAUGGUACCGUGCUGAAAUAUUGACUAAAGAUGGGGAUGAGCUGUCAAUUCUAUUUGUAGACGAUGACAACAAAGCAGUUGUUACUGUUACAAAUGUGAGGGAACUACCCAGUCACCUGUUAGAAACUGCAACGCAGGCAUUUUUGUGUAUGGCUGAAGAUUUUGAGUUACAUGGCUGUUGGGGUCACAGUGCUGUCGAAGAAUUGGCUUCAAUUGCAGAAGACAAAGUAUUUCAACUAACUGUCACCAACCCAUUUAAAGAAGAUGGAAAGAACAUGUACCUUGUCCAGCUGGAAGGUGAAGGCCAGAAUUUAAAUGACAUUCUGAAAAGGUGGUGGAUGACUUCCACAAUUGGAAACAAACCAGAUGUCCCACUGUGCAUGAUGGAUGAAAAACAAGGCCCAAUUGAUGGUACUGCGAAAGAGAGAGAAAACAAACCUUCUGAGAGUGAAGAGAUCAGAAUUCCUACUCCUGGUGCUCACACUGGAAGAGGUCAUAAUGAUGCUGACUUACACUCUGUGGUAACAAUUACGCCAAAGAACAUUCAAAGCCCUGUGGAUUGUCUUCACGGUUCAAUUCUUUUUACUGAUUCCCCUCAAGUAGAGAAGCAUUUGUCUGAAAACCGGGGCCAAAGUGAAACAAAUGAAGGGGUAAACAAAGCCCCCAGUGUUUCGAUUCAUGAAAUGAAGAUCACACAGAUUGAAAGUGGAAUAAAAGAAAAUAUGUUCCCCUUUAAAAAUAUGGACUCAAAUGUGACAGAGAUUGACAAAAACAUUGAGGAAGCUGCCUCUGUGGACACAGCUUUCCAAGAUGAGAUAAAAUCUCCACCAGACAACCUUCAGAAGCCCAUAGAUGAGUGUGGGAUUCCAUUGUCCCCCAUUAAAUUGGUGGAUAUCCGCAACAAGAGCGCCUGGGAUGAAGUUAGGACCUAUUCUGAUGAUCCAAAAGUUGCUACUGAUGACAACCAGGCUGCAAUUUCAAAUCCACAUAUGACUGAGACAAACAUCGCUUAUGAUGCUGUCAUGAACUACGUUGUUCCUCCUACGUUGUUCUUCAUGAAACAGUUGCUGAUGGGUUCAAGUGAAUCAGUGUUGCCUUUCCUUGUGCCUGUUAUGCAGAAGUUACAUGAUCCAAAUGAGCAGAGUGAUGCCAUAAUGGCUGCAAGCAAGCACUGUCAUGUCACUGUGACUGUAGAGGAAAUGGUAAAUUGCAUCAGUUUCCGCAUGUGGCGCCAAAUAAACUGCUGCAUCAUUUUUGGCCUUUUACUGGGGGAGUCAUUGAUCAAAAGGAAGAAGGAACAAACAUCGGGGAAUACAAGGAUUCCGGAGAUGAGGUGCAUGCAAGCAUAUUCCCCUCUAAUGAUGAUGACUGUAUUUGUGAUAUGCUGUCAGACCUACUUCAGCGGUUUCUGGUCAUCAGUGAUAGCUCAGCUGACACCAACCCAGAGGAAUGACUGGACACACCGUUAAAUUGGAUGUGGCUUACGUUUAAAGGGUCUGCCCUUAAAUAUUUUCAAGUUUUCGUGGUGUUUGGGUUGUGAGUUAAAUGUGUGCUUUUGAGUUAUGGGGUUACAAUAAAUGGUAUUCAAUCA